AUGUCUGAAUGUGUUCCGACCAAUCAGUUGUACCUUGGCGCCACUUCCCUAGCUGUCAGAAGAAAGAAGAAAGUUUACAUCAGACCGUUGCACAAGAAAAACAAACGCCGAACUUCUAACUCAUUUGGUACAUCCGGACAGUUCCGAUCGGUUAUGCUUUCCGCUCGCACACUAGAAGGUGUCAACUAA